AUGAGCAAAAACAACCAAUCUGGAGUAAUAGGAAACAUCAGAUAGCCGCAACAGAAACUUACUCCAUUAGUUUCCGAGUAAAAAAUCAAUGAGUUGGUAUCUGCAUAAUUAUUUCAAAUCUCAAUUACUCAAUCAAUGCUCGCUUCCUUCCCUUCCAAUAUCAUCCAUACAGCUUGCCAUUGAACAAGUAUUGGCUCAUUACUUUCAACAAGUGUUCUUCUGCUACUUACGAGGUUACACCCAAAGACAUUAUAAAUGACUUACUUCAAGAUUUCAAGGAAAGUUCUUAACUGACAUCUCAGAAAUAAGCUUUCACCUUGUUUACCAUCAAAUUGUCGAUUUCAUCUCAGAUAAGUUUGCCUUGAAACAAGAAGAGAUGUUAACUAAUUGCUUAUAAAAGAUGAAUAAUUUGACGCGGUGAUGAACAAAAAACCGACCUCUCUAGAGUAAGGAGAAACAUUAGAUAGUCACUUUAGUUCAUUUUGUAAGGUCUUGUAUCCUUCCCACCGCUACCGCUGCUGUUAUUUAUUCACUUUAGUUUCCAAUCUCAGCAGAUUUUAUAGCAAAUCUUAAUUUGCUCUGUCAAAUGAAUUGUGCCAAUUUUACAGGAAGUCCCCUAAUCAAUACAAAAAUCUCAUUCAUUCUGUGGAUGGGAUCCAAUUUUAGAAUUCAACACAACAAAUUCCAUAUUUUGCAACUGUCAUAACAGUCUGCCUUCUGGCUCGGUGCACAGCCUUGAUUAUUUCUUUCUUCCAACAUUCAUAAAUGAACAAAAAACUGUGGCUGAACACUUCGAACUGAAAUUGCACUUCUAAUGUUUCCUUUGAUUCAUGCUUCUUGGAACAGGUAGGUGCUCUGCUUUAUGUACGAGUUGUGAAGGCAAAUCCUGGAAAGUAAUGCUGAGCUCACCAACAUGUCCAGUUCUUGAGGCACUUGGCAAGAAGCUCUCCUUUGAGAUAGCAGUUGGCUUAAAUGGCCGUGUUUGGGUGAAAGCUGAUUCUCCAUCAACAGUUAUUAUUGUUGUCAAUGCAAUUAUCAAGUCGGAGUCUUUAAGUGGGGCACAGCAGAAAAUUAUGGCAGAGAAAUUACUUCAGAAAAUUCAGUAACUGCAGAAUGAUUAAAGAAGACUGCAAACGUUGUUUCUUGGAUCCACCAUGGUCAUUAAUUGGAAGGGGCAGGGUCAUGUACGCAGAAGUUUGAAGACACCAACUGUCACCAGCUCAUAGUUUUGGAGGCCUAUAAUGGCAAGUACUUCUUGAAUGUACAUCAACAACUACUUUUGAAGCCUUAUUUUCCCAUUUCCUUUGGGUUUAGAAGAUGAUUAAGCUGAGGAUUCUGAUUGAAUCUCUCCAAGUGCUUCUAUCAGUCAGCAUUUGUAAUUGUGGAUAUGCUGAGGCAUUGAAUCUUAUUGAAACUGGUUAAUUAUUUUGAGCC